UACUUUUGCUUUCGCUCGCGGUUUAUGUUGUUUGGUUUUGUGGAUGUUCCAUUCGCGUGCAUCGCUACUGCUGUCUACAUAACCUUCCUCAACUCCAGUUACCAUAGGAAAUCAUAUUGCUUUCUUACGCACUCUCGCUAUCCCUUUUCUGCCUGCUUACUUUUUUUCUUUUUUUAAAAAAAAUAAAAAAUUGCACUUUCUGUUGCUUAGUUGAUGGAUAUGUCAUUUAAUUGCUACUACAAGUGUUCGGGCUUGGAUUGGGGAUUCAGACUUUGUCAAUUUCUCCUAGGAUUAGGGAAAUACAUCACAACUUACAAAAAAACAAAAUCACUUGUGUGUGUGAAUUCCAAUGAGACUAGGAUGUCUCUGACAUUUUUUUUUUAUUGUUUUUUCCCUGUGGUAUGAAUCAAUACUUUUUUCUAACAAUCUGUUUGAAAUUCUCUAUUUAAGGUGAAACCCACCUGAGAGGAUUCCUUACAAGCAUAAAAACAUGUGAUUAUGGGGCCUCCAUAUACUUGGGGAAAAUCUCACUCUUAUGCAAUUUGGGGUUGGGCCAUAUUGAACAGAUGUAAACUCAACGGAACAAGAACUCUCCAAUUGUAGUGGUGUCUUUUUAUGGUGGUUGGGUGCAAAGCCUUCGCAUCCAUGACAUUCAUGCAAGUUUACCUCAAAAAUGUGUCUCUUCCUUCUCCUGAUAUAUUGGGUUCCCUUGGGAAAUCUUGUUCAAUUAAAGAAAUAGGUUAGUUGCAGUUUGCACAUCCUUACUCAAUAAAAAUAGAAAGAUAGAUAUGGGGUAGGUCCGCCCCCAGCCAUGAUGGUUCUGUGGAGAUCUACCUUGAUGAUUGGGGUGGACGCAUCUGUUUAUACAGAGUCAUAUACGGCUGCCUUCUCUGAGCCAUUCAUGUUUCGCUUCACUGAAUGAUGAUGUUAAGGCCACCUCUUCUGGCAUUCAAUCUCCACCCAUUCCUAUGAUUCUCUCAAUGGAUUAGCUCAUGGGCAUUAUCUUGCAACAUUUAGAACUGGAGUUUACUGCAUUAACAUCGGAAUGCAUAUCUUUGGAGGAAUUGAUUGCAAAGCAAAAGGAAUCAAGGGCAUCUUCCCAGAGAAAGAACCUUGGGAGACUAAGGGAGGUGAAACAUGGGAUAAAGCAACUUGAGAAAUUGAUGAAUUCUGUUUCCAGUGUAAUCUCUGCAGUUGAGAUGAUGGUCAAUGAAAUUCCUCAAGUUGGCGGAUUUCUUUUGGUUCUUGGAGGUAGUCUUGUACGGCCUUUACAUGUUUAUGAGGUUUCUUUUUCACAUGAUGGAGAAUUUUCUCAAUGUCCCAAGGACUGCACGAGUCUUACCAAUAAUGGAAGCGCAGAAGCCCUUUCUAGAAAGGUUAUCCGAGCAUUGAUUUCAAAAGAUGCUGGUGGUGAUUCCUUUUCAGGUCCUGCUAAGCUGUUUGUCCUGAUUAAAGCUCCCUGUACAUUCAAUCUUCCACUGCAUUUUCUUCCCAAGCGUGAAUUUAGGUACAGCAGAAAGAUACAACCUUUCAGAUUGCAUAUCAAGUUCCAGACGGAUAAUUCUAAAGGAUUCCCUGAAACUGUUGAUUGCUCUUCCAAUGAUAUGAUUUGGUUCCAAUGCAGACACAUAGUUAAGGGACUUGGAUGCUGCAGUGAAAUGAACGAUUUAUGAAGAUCCAUCCAAAAAAAAAUGCCACAUUAUCUCUUCCAUGAGAGCUUUAAUGUUUCUGCCCAUCAAUAUAUACCUGAAAGUGUGACAUGAUGUAGCCAAUUACCUGUUUUUGGUUCUUGCUUCCCUAUGUAGAGCCAUAGCCUUAGAGAGUAACACAUGCAUAAUUAGCUAUUAGUUCAAUUACCCAGCUAUCACUUCUAUUACUGGAGCUCUAGUUUUGUGGACUUGUGAAAAGAAUGUGGUUCAAUGGCUAAAGCUUCUUCAUCUGACGUUUC